UCACCAGAGCCAAUGGGAAGGGGCUGCCGCGCGGCCGCAAAGAGUUUGUAGAGGCAGUUCGGGGGCUGUACGUUGCAUUCCGGUACCGGACCCCGAGAGCGGUUUGUCUCCGUCUCUGGAGUUGUAGGCGAGAGGUGAUCAUGUCCGGUCGCGGAAAACAGGGCGGCAAAGUACGAGCAAAGGCCAAAUCCCGCUCCUCCCGCGCGGGCCUGCAGUUCCCGGUGGGCCGAGUGCACAGACUGCUGCGCAAAGGGAACUACGCGGAGCGAGUGGGCGCCGGGGCGCCUGUGUAUCUGGCAGCGGUGCUGGAGUACCUGACGGCGGAGAUCCUGGAGCUGGCUGGCAACGCCGCGCGUGACAACAAGAAGACCAGGAUAAUUCCCCGCCACCUGCAGCUCGCCAUCCGCAACGACGAGGAGUUAAACAAGCUGCUGGGCAAAGUGACCAUCGCUCAGGGCGGCGUCCUGCCCAACAUCCAGGCCGUGCUGCUGCCCAAGAAGACGGAGAUUUGUGGGCACUCAGGACCAAGUUCUGGGAAGAGACCGUCGGAUCGAGCUGGGCUCGAGGCAGGAAGUGUCUCCGGCCAUAUUUUUCAAAAAGUGGAGUAACUUUCCAUCUUGGAAGGGUAGUUCUGAUGGCAGGAUAUUAACUUAAGAGAUUCUUCUUAGCCUAGUAGCUGCUGUGCUUUCAUGCUUUGGAUAUCAGAUAUCUUUAUAUAGCACCUUAUGUUCAUAUUUUUUUAAAUGAAGGAAACGUUCAAUUUGAGUCAUGAGGUUGGAAAUUCGUUCCCCGGACAGUCAUAUUGCAUAACAUUGCAGCGCCUUUAGUCGUGAGUUACAUAUGCUUUAGCUUUUAAAGUGAUGUUUUCAGGUUUCUAGCUUCAUAAUGAUCCUGUCUUCAUAUUAUAUUCUCUUUGAGACUCAGUUUGACUUUGCUUUAAAACAAAGCAAAAACCUCUUGCUUUUAGGGGUUCUUAACCCAACAAAUAACCUGUUUGAAAUCUCUUAUAUUCUCCCACUAGCCUGAAGCAAUGACCUUAUUCCAGUAAUGUCUUUGGGAGUUGCAUUGCCUAAUGGCACGAUAUUGCUUUAAUAAACAUGUGAGGAAAGAUAGGGCCAAAUACUUAAGUGCAGGGAGAAACACAUUUCAGACCAGGAAUCCACAUUAAAGAGUUAACACUAGUAAUCAUCUUCUGCCCUUAGUUGACACUCCCAUUUAUUUCAUCCUUCUCAGCAAAUUUCAUCCUGGCCCACAGACCCCACAAAAAAGAUCCCAGUACAGAUUUCACAUCUUUGGACUCUUUCCUGUGAGUCGGAAUUUAAGUCUUCCCCCCAAAAAUAUAUAUAUAUAAAAUAAUAUAUAUUAUAAUAUAUAUCAUUAUAUAUUAUAUAAUAUAUAUCAUCUAUUAUAUAGUACAUAUUAUAUAAUAUAUAUUAAUUAUAUAUUAUAUAUAUAUAUAUAUAUAUAUUAUGUCUUCAUCCUUAGUAGCAGCUGGCCCAUUUUCCCACUUGGACUUUAUUUUGUCCCCAGUAUUUAUUGAACAGCUGUCUAUGCUAGGCUCUGUACAAAGUGAUAGGAGUAGAGCUGUGAAUGAGGCCAACCAGAUUUCCAUUCUCUUGGAGCUCAUUUUAUUUUUAUUGGUUCCUGAAGACGGGACAAGGAACAAAUACAUACGUUAAUAUGAGAGAUCAGCUUCUGUUAGUACUUGUACCUCUCUGCUGUGUGUGGAUGAAUGAUGGAAUUACUUCUCCCAUGUUGCCACUUUUGAGGGGUACAAAGGUCAGGACGUACACACCUCUGUUAGCAGGCAAAUUAUUGGGCAGGUUCCAGAUGUCCUGCUAUUCACUCCCUGUGGUUUUGUCAUAUGUAAAAGUCAUAGCACCUGUUUUAAGGAUUGCGCUUGUUCAUUGACUGUGUGCUACAUUAGACAACAAAUGGAAAAAUGUACGAUGUUCUAUGGGGGUAUGGGUUUAUCCUUAUAGGUUCAAUUAUGGGUAAACAUUAAUAGGACUUUAAAAAAAUGCCUAAUUGUUAGAAUUAAUACUUGCAGUUACCACUUGGGGUCAAUGGAACAAAAUGCAAAUAUGGUUUUGACAUUUGAGUCUAAUUUCUUAAAGAGAUGAGGCAUCUGAGGGAUUGUUGCCAAAAUGAUGAAGAAAUAAGGACAAGGGACAUCAAGACAUAAGAAAAAGCACCUUUGCCUUUCCCUGGGAAGAUUCACAGGAGUCUGUCCAGCUCUUGUUACAUGAUGAGCAACAUAGACAAGAUAAAGGCAUGGUAACUGCCCUGUCUCUACCUGCCUCUCCCACCACUACCCUAAGGAUUCUUAGCAUCCCCUCAAAUACUUUGCCUGCCUCAAAAUUCAAUCGUCUCCUCACCAUUUUUGUUUUUGAGAGUUUUUUUAAAACCUGAAUUGUUUAGUGGCAGUUUAAAAUGCAUACUCCUACAAAAUCAGCUCAGUCCAUGAUCCACGAUGGACAAACAGUAGUUCUUGCUGAUGUGUGAUUGUUAAUUUAAAAGGCCAAUAUUUCUUUAAGCAUAAGACCAUAUGGUAAAAGACCUAAGACAAAAUCUGGUGGGAAUUGAAUUCCAGUUUUUAAUAGGGUUAUAAUCCAUAGUUUUAUUUACACACACACAUACUGUUUCCUGCAGCGAUAAGCCGUUCAGUGUGGCUGUGGCUUGGCUAGGAUUUGUUUGAUCUUUGUUUUUCCUGCGGGGCCAGUCUUGUCUUUGUGUCCCUGAGGACUGGUCUGUUUAGUUGUGCCUGCCUGGAAUCAAAAGGUUUAGUCAGGCUCCAUAAUUGGUGAUGACUGGCAUACUACAUGCAAACUUCACAAUGCCCCUUCCAGUGGUUGAAAGGUCGCAUACCAUGCUGUGUAAGAACUUAAGCUCUCUGCAAUGAGACUUAAAUUCAGAUUCACUCUACUCAUUAGUUAUCUGAUUUUUGGAAACUUAAUCUCUUUAAACCUGUUUCAUCUCUAAAAUGGGCAUAAUAGUUUACCUCAGAGAGUUUGGGGAGGAUUCAAUGAAUUAAUGUGAGUGAGGACACUAAGAUUCCCAUAUAGAAAUAGGCUCAAUGAAUAGUAGCUGUUCUUAUUUCUAUGUAAAGUGAGUAGCGGUAGUUGAUGGGAGCUGUUGAAACAGGUAAACAUACAGCAUUCUAGCAAUCCUAUGACUUUUGUGAUAGCAACCAUAAAAACAAUUUUAGUGACUGUUUUAUUAAAGCACAUCCACAAUUCAAUGUAUAACAAAAAAGAAAGUAAUAAAUGAUUAAAACUUGUGAACCUGAA